AAAUUUUUUUUUUUUUUUUUUUUUUUUUUUUUUUUUUCAUAUUUCAAACCAACAAAAACCUGCCUCGCCAUUUCUAGUUUCCUGCCAAGAAGAAGUGUCAAGACAGAUGCGACCGUUUUCAUUUGGAUUUGCCUCCUCCUGUCGAAUAAUAAACGAUGCGCCUCUCCGGCUGGCUGUAGGGUGGACAACGCAGGUUAUGUGGCGGGAGUGCAGGGGAGAAGCCGGGGCUAAGUGAAAAUGCCACUCAUUCCUGAAGAGUCCCUGGCCUCGUCAAGGUCCCCCAUGUGAGAUCUGCAAAGCUGAAAGGCGCCACUGACGGAGCCACAGCCGGGCCUUAGGACAGACAUCCCAAACAUCCACAGCCACGGAAUGUGUCAACAUCUUUGUGGUGAAAUCCCGCUGACUCCUCACUUGCUGCUCACAUAAGCCUGGAGCUGGGUCUUCUGGGAUUCUACGGUGUUUAAAGGCAUAUAACAAUGCCUGGGAGGCCCACCUGCCCCAGAUUGCCUCCAACCAUGGUUGCUGUUUCACCACAGUGCUGACUGCGCCCACUACAGAGAGGGAUCACAUCCGGCCAGGGCUCCUUCAGUCCCCCUGCAGACUUACUCUCUGCAUUUGCCUGCCCUCUUUUUGGUAUUUAGGAAGUACAUGCCACUGUCAACCAGAUGACCUAGUGGACAUUUGUUUCCCAGUAGCAGUGCUGAACCAUACGAGGGGAUCCUAGUAUUGAACAUGACUCAUGGGGAGGAGCCUGGCCCUGAGACACACAAGGAUUCAGCUGUUCUAACUUAUCUGGAAGGUUUACUGAUGCAUCCAGUGGUAGCCGGGCCUGGGGCCACGGCAAGCGGGAGGUCUGAGGCUGCCCACAGCAACCAGGAGCAGGGCGACAAGGUGGGCGGGCCCUUCCAACUGCCCAACCAUGGCCCCACAGCUCCCAAGGCUGGAACCAACGGGCCUACACUGGGUUCUACGCAGCACCUAAAGAAGGCCCGCCUACUGCGCUCUGGAGCCUGGAAUGAUCCAGGAAGCCAGCGGAUGAGUUCACCUCCAAUGGAGUUGAAUGGCCAAGGGGGAGGCCUGCAAAACGGAGCGCUAGAGGGAUCUCCUCAUGCCGGGGAGAGCACCCUGUUGGCUUCCCUGCUUCAGUCAUUCAGCUCACGGCUUCAGAGUGUGGCGAUGUCUCAGCACUCUACCAAACCCCCCAGUGAGUGUUCCUCCCCCUCCAAGGCACCACCCGCAGACAAAGAGCCGCUUCCGGUGUAUGGCACGGCCUCGAGCCGCUUGAAGGGCCUAAUGAGGAAGAGCAAACUUCAAAAUCACAGCAACACACCUUACAGCCGCCGAGGGCACAGUCAGGACAGACCACCAGAAUCACCUCGGUCGGUACACAGUGCCACGCCACCCUCUGCUCCUACAUCUGCUGAAUCUGUGUCCUGCGCAGAGCGUCUGAAGGCGGUGGCCAACAUGGUGAAAAUCCGUUCUAGUCCAGCACCUUCACCCAAGCCCAGCGUGGCCUGCAGUCAACUGGCCCUGCUGCUGUCCAGUGAGGCCCAUCUCCAGCAGUACUCCAGAGAGCAUGCGCUCAAAGCCCAACUCUCGGGAAGAUCUGCCAGCGAGAGACUUGCUGCCAUGGCAAACCAGCAGCAUCAGGACAAAAGGCCACCUAGUGUAGGAGGGACUCUGCCUGGAGCCCCAGACACACUAAGCUCCUUAACAACCCAAAAUGGAAUGACAACAACAACUACAAUAACAACCACACUCCCUCGAACAGCCCUGUCUAGUCCACAGAGCCCCUCUUUGCUGCGUGGUCAUAGCCAAAGCUCCCCACCCACUCCCCCACAUGCUCCAAACCACACUCACAGCCAGCCACCUAGGGAGAAGCGAGGCUUUGACUCACGUCCAACCCGACCCCCCCAGACAUGCAGCAGCUUGCUGCUGCUGCUACUCAACAACCACAACAACCAGAAGCAGCUGACCAAGAAUGGGCACCUGGAGGACAGCUGUGGUAUCCUGCCGCCAAGCGGUUCCUCAUCAGUCACAUCGGACAGCGAGUGCUCCACCCAGGAGAGGAGCCUGACCAAGGACAGCAGCGAUGCAGAGAGUUCGUACUCAAGUUGCUCUCCCAUUGACCUUUCCAUGAGAAACCGGGCACAGGACAUAGGGCCCAAAACUUCUACCCCCUCUUCCUCCUUCUCCACUUCAACCUCCACCCUCUCCUCUUCUACAACUGUGUUUUCCUCCACUCCAGUUGCUUUCUCCCCUCAAGUUUCCGCUCAAGCCUCCACCACAGCCUUUUCUCCGUGCUCUACUGUUGUCUCCUCUGUUUCCACUGCUAUUUCUUCAUCCUCCUCCUCCUCUAUCUCCACAUCCUCCCUGGACAAACUAACAGAAUCUUUAAUAAAUAAGUGGAAGCCAGAGUCAUCUGGAUCAAAGGUGUCUCAGAACAGGGAGCCUGAAAUGAGUCCAGACCUAAAAUCCCACCCUAAGGUCACACUCAUGCAGCUCCUUCUUGAGCGCAGAAAUAAUGAGAUGGUUAAUAAGAGCGUAGGUAACCAGGAUUUGCCACUUGAUAUAACUAUGGCCACCAUGUCUCGAGGCCAAACGAAGGGACUGGUGCCCUGGGAGGAGACCAGGACAAAAAGCCCCUUAGAUAGACCUGCAGCUCCAGCCCAGCCCCUGUACCCACUUAGUCGUGACCCUGGUAGCGCACUAUCCCCGUACUCUUACCCCUCCCCCCAUGUCCAGUCCAGCCCACUAGAUUUGUGUAAGUCUAAAGCCUUCCCUGCUGAGAAGGCUUCUGAGCCCGCCUUCAGUGCCAGUAAACUGUUACAGAAUCUGGCUCAGUGUGGCACAGCUUCCUCCCCACCCAUCCCCCCCAGCAAAGGGGCUGGUCAGGAGCUCGAUGCCAGCAGGCCCCUUGCCCUACUGGAAAGGCUCAAUGCUCCGAUCCAUAGGACCACCACCACUCCACUCUCCGACGGACCCUCAGGCAGUGGCACACCUUUCAGUCAGAAGGAAGCUUCUCCUCCUGCACCACAGAUCGAGAACCUCCUAGAGAGGCGCACUGUCCUGCAGCUCCUUCUAGGAACGGGCUCAGCUACUGCUACAGUCGGCCGCAAAGAUAGGCCCGGUGGUAGCGGUAGGAGGAGUGUGGAGAUGCCAGGGGGUUGCUAUGAGAGGAGCCCAGGUCCGUCUAUCAUCUGUGACAGCUCUAAUGGCCCCCCUUUGGACAUAAAGGUCAAAACGGAGAUUACAGAGGAGGUGGGACCGUCCUCGGCCAUGUCUGAGGACUCCAGCAGCAGAAAGAGACCGAGUGGCUACGAGAAGAAUAGCAGCCUCUCAGAUUCUCAGCAGGACUUUAAAACAGAACCACGGCCUGCAGAGGUCAUAGCAAAAUAUGGCCUCCUCAGCCAGUUGCUUAAACAACAGACUGCUACCUACUAUACCAGUGCUGCUGUGCAGGCUGAGUCACAGCCCAGACAGGUUAAAGAGGAACAGAGGGAGUAUCCAAGUCCAAGUCCCAAGAAGAGGCGCUUGUGCUCUGAUCGGACUGAUAGUUUGAAUAAUACCAGCUCUCCAAGAGCUGUGGACAGUGGUGACACAAACAUUUUUGCCUCUUCUGCUGUUCAGGAAGAGCCUGACCAGCAUAGGAGUCUGAAGGAAGAGGAGGCUCCUCCAAGGAGCCCACCAAGUGAAACACUCACCAGAGAGAGUCGGGGCUUCAAUGUGCUCAAACAGCUGCUGCUCUCUGACAAUUGCCUGAAGGAGCUGUCUCAGCAGCCCCGGGGGACACCCAGUCCCUCCGUCCUGCAGGCCAAUGGCAAGGCCAACGGCAGCAUUCUCAGUCAGCCUUCCCAUAAUCACAGCUUCCUCCACCUGCCCAGCUGGCACCCACAUGGUUCCCUCAACUCAGGGCUUCCGAAUAAUCUCAGACCAUUGCCCACCCCCCCUGCAGGUGACAGCCCUAUCCGCACCCCCUGGAGCCGCCACCCAUCUCCGUGGCCAGUUACUCAAAAACGGGACCCCCCUACUCUAGUCAAACAGGAGCCUGAGAGCCCUGUGCGAUGGAGUAGUCAAGAGAACAACGGGGAGGAGGAGGAGGAGGGCUGUGACUCAAACCUGGACUCUCCACGGCUCUCACGCUCCAACCCCAUCCUCUAUUACAUGUUGCAGAAAGGCAGCAUUCAGCUGAGGAAGGAGGUGAGGGAUCAGGCGGAGGGAACCCAGUCUGUGGUCAGAGUUAAAGAAGAGCCAAUCAGUGACAUGCAUGCUUAUGAACACAGUCUGCGCUCCACCCCACAAUCACCGACCCACAAUGACAAGCACAGCCGUGAGAGCCAGGGGCUGAGCCAAUCAUCUGAAUAGGAGUUGUAUCAACUACAGAGAAAAACAAAACUGAAUGAGAUUCAUUGACUCUUUUACUUUUUCAUUUUUUAACGACUUGCCAAAUUGGUUUGAUGAGACAAAUAACAAAGAAUGAAAAAAAAAAAUGUUUUUUUUUUUUGUUUUGUUUUUUAAUGGAAUAGAGCAAGUUCAAAUUCAAAGGCAUACUUGCAUUGCUUUUUCAAUUUUAAAUAGUGAGGUCAUGGAAUGGUACAAAACAGGUCUAUCAUAGCAAAAUGUCUGAUUGAUUGAACCAAAAACUACACAGCUGUCACAAAUUUGACCUUUCUCCCCAUCAGUGAUUAUCAUGUACCGCACAUUUCAUUUCGUCAAAUUAUGAAGUCCUCCUUUUUACAAUUCGGUCUUGGCUUUGCACUUUUUUUUUAUUUUUUAUUUGUAUCUAAAUUGUUCACAUCUCACUAUUCCAUGUCCUCUUUGUUGCCUGCCAUAAAACAUUUAGAAAGAACAUUUCAGGCGACAUUUAUUAUUGAUGACUCCAAAAAUGUUAGCGCUCGGUUCAUCGGACAUUUAUUUAUUUUCUCCAUCAGAACAUUUUCAGAUAGACAAAGUCCUAUCAAUUUUAGAUAAGAUUCUAAAUAAAGUCAUUUUGGGGUAGAUACAGCGGUCUAUUACAACAAUGUACAUGAUAAAUUCAUUCAAAGGAGGACCUUGAAAACAAUAUCCACACUGCGAUAGCUUCAGUGAGGAUCCUACCAUGAUGAAUGCUUUGUCUUGCUUUUCCUCGAGAUUUAUGGUGUGGUAUAAUUAUCAGUGGAGUAAGAAUAUAUCAAUGGAGGUUUGAAUGGUCACAACUCAUUGAAUUACGCUUUUUUAUUUCAUUUGAAUUGAACUUUUUUAAGGGCACAUUUCGACAGUGCAAAUUCAGGGUGACGCGUUGUGCAAAUUGUGCAGUUUUUUGAGCAGAUGGGUCAGCAGAGCACGUGCGGUGCUUACAGUUGAGCAACUGUACGUAAACAGGUUUCUAGAGCAACAGUUAAAAAGGCUGCAGUGUCUGAGAAACGAAUUUUUUUUUAACCAUCCUGGGUAAAAACCCGCACCACUUUACUUCAUGCACAUGACAAAACUUUUGAGUGUGAAGCACACUUUUUCUUUUUCUUUUUCAUCACGUACAAAAGGAGCAUCCAGAGUUUGCACUAUCGAGUGUCCUUUUCAGAAUAAUUUAAUGGCAUGUAAUAAAAAAAUGUCAGUAUUGUUAUCUGUUGAGAAUUUGACAGGUUGUGCUUUUAUUUCAUCAUUUCUUAACUGUUGUGGUUUAUGAACAUUAUUUUUUUUUUUCUGUUUUUGUUUUUUUGUGGCAGUCUCUUAACUCAUAAAAUGUCAAAAGAAUUGCAUGGUAAUUAAGAGAGGACCACAGGUACAUCUUUUGUUUUUUAAAAGCAGCUGGAUAUGUGUACCUGCCCCCCAAUAAUCACCAAGACAUGUUGGUGUCUUGAGGGAUAUCUGGUAUCUAGCUCCUUAUUUUGAUUGUACUGUAUUCUUUUCAGUUAAUUUCACACACUGCUUUAUCCAUUUAGUCUUGUGAUCUUUUUAAUACAUAUACCUAUGAAGUACGUCUCUUCGAUAAUACAUUUUCACAAUGGUUAAAUAUAUUUGUGUAAAUAGUACUUUCAGUAUGAAAGAUGACUAUUUUGUAAUGUUUAAGAAAAGAUAUUACCCUAGUUUUUAAUGCCCUGAUAUGUAAAUAUGAAUUAUAUGCGUACAAGUGUACAUACAAAGGCAGAGGAUGCUAUGCCCAUCUUUUUUUUUUUGGUUGGUUUGUUCUUUGCAUGUGUCUCUAUGUGGUAAAUGAUAAUCUAUCCUGCGCUGUGUUGUGUAAUAAUGUCUGACUCUCCUCACUGCUGCCUGUUGCAUGCAGACGCAUGGGAACUACCUGUGUAUCCCUACUGGUGAUGGGGGAAAAUGUCAAGUCUUAAAAUAGGUCUUUUUUUAUCACAGAGAGAGGUUCGUUUAGAAUAUGAACAGUCCCUAAAUAACCACAGACUGUCGAGCAAGUUGAUUAAAAAUGUGUGAAAAAUAAACGUGCAUUGAAUAUUUUUGUGAUUUUCUUUUUCUGUUACUGGUUAACAAAGCUCUGUGAAAGAGCUCGGGGCUAUAGUGUGGGGAUUGACGUACAAUCAUAGAUCUGCAUUGUGCAUCUAAGAAAUACAUUUGUAGCAUCAAAUAUUAAAAAAGAAAAAAGAAAAAAAAAAGAAGAAGGUGUUUCAUUUUUUCAUGUGAAGACCUGAAACAUUAUUUCAUUUUUUAUGUUUUCAUUUUUGGUGUUCAUUUGCACUGAUAUCUCAGAAAUAAAGUACUAAAAUGCAUGA